AUGACGAACAGCACAUUCAUCGAAGGCUAUAGCACGACCGGCGAACUCCACUACGCGCCCUACGUCAACGACCCACGCAUCUCGCACGCGCACGGCUGGGCCACGGGCCCAACGGGCAGUCUCACUUUCCUAGUCGCCGGCAUCCAGCUCGUGUCCGCGGGCGGGGAGACCUGGCGCAUCGCGCCCAGCCUCGGAGAUCUGCAGCACGUGCAUGCUGGUUUCUCGACCUCGGUGGGUGCAUUCGAAGUCGAAGUGCGCAAGGAGGCCGACGGCGCCGGAUUCAGCAUGAGCUUUGAGACGCCUGAGGGGACGGAGGGGGGCCUGAGUGUCGAGUAUCCGGCUUGUAGUGGACGCAUGGUGUUGAGGGAUAGGAAGGGGAGGUGUGGGGAUACGGUGGUUGUGGUGGAAAGUAAUGGGGCGCAGGAGGGGAGGAUCGUGCUCGAGGGGUUGGCGGGUGGGGAGUGGGAGGUUGCUUUUCAGUGUGAGUGA